CAGUUACUUCCAAAGGCAAACGACCGUCAUCUUUAUAGAUAUUGUCAAAAAUGCAUUUCUUGUGCACUGUUAUGUUGCUUGUGGCAAUUCUAACAUUAUUCUCAGCGGGAUCUGGGUCUGGAUCUGGGUCUGAGGACUAUUCUACACAGGCGACCCCGCCUGAAAGACCUUCUCAUACAGCACCAAAAUUGACGGGAUCUGGGUCUGGGCCUGGAUCUGGGUCUGGGAUAGAUGAAAGACCGGGGAAAACACCUGAAAAACAUUUACCAGCGCGUGAGUUGUUUUCAUUAUUUUACUAAAACAAAUUCAUCCAAAAAUCUUUCCUAAUCAUACACUAAGUAAUUUGAAAGAAUAAUAUUUUUGAACAA